CCGAUGUGUGUGUGUGUGUGUGUGUGUGUGUGUGUGUGCGUGUGUGUGUGUGAACAGGUCGGGGCGCGCAGAGAGAGUUCCGGGUCCCUCCCUCGGCAAGCUUGAACAAGAACAAGACUCCCUCUGCAGCCGACGAUUUAAAGAACUUCACUGCUCGGUUUAAGGCCGCCUGUUUGCGUGCGCGUGUGUUUGCGCGCGCGCGUGUGUGUGUGUGCCUGAGUCUUGACACUUGUAUUGUUGCUCCACCUCCGUCGCUGCCUUGAAUUUAAGUCGCUUGCAAAAAAGUUGCUGCGAGGCACUUUCUCGAGAGGAAGCAGAAGAGUUGGAGGAGGACUGCUUUUUAGUGAGGAGGAACCGAGAGAGAGAGAAAGAAGUGCACGAUGGCAGAGAAUAAGAUGGGCCCGAACCUCCAGGCCGGAGCUGGAUUCCUCGCCAAACGGGUCCAGAAGUCUUUGAAUCGAGCCCAGGAGAAGGUCCUUCAAAAACUGGGCAAAACCAUGGAGACCAAGGACGAGCAGUUCGAGCUGUGUUUCCAGAGCCUCAACAAACAACAGAUCGAUGGAAGCAGGCUGUUUAAAGACGUCAAAGCCUACCACGCAGCAGUGAAAGCCGUGCAUGAGACGUCCAAGCGGCUGUCGCAGACGUUGCGAGAUAUCUACGAACCAGAGUGGAACGGUGUGGAGGAGCUCGCGGUCAUUACAGACAGUGAAGACUUGCUGUGGAACGACUACGAAGAGAAACUCAGUGACCAGAUUGUGCGCACCAUGGAGAACUACACAAGCCAGUUCCACGAAGUCAAGGAACGCGUAGCCAAACGCGGUCGCAAGCUGGUGGACUACGAUUCAGCGCGUCACCACCUGGAAGCGCUCCAGAGUGCCAAGAAAAAAGACGAGGCCAAAACGACAAAGGUAGCAUCAGUAUUGCACAAAGCACAGAUAAGAGUGUUGGCUGACGAGUGUUCUCACUGUAAGUCCUCUCAACAGGCGGAGGAGGAGUUCAACAAAACCCAGGGUGUCUUUGAGGAAUUGAAUAACGACCUGAGGGAGGAACUACCUGUUCUCUAUCAGAGCCGGAUAGGUUGCUAUGUGACGGUGUUCCAAAACAUAUCAAACCUGAGAGAUGUCUUCUAUAAGGAAAUGAGCUUGCUGAACCACGAGCUGUACAAUGUGAUGAAGAAACUGGAGACUCAGCACUCGGGAAAAGCCUUCAUAAUCAAGGGUCUGAACAGCACGACAAGCAAGGCAAAGAAGAGAAAGUCCCUGGUUAUCUCCAAUCCCAUCCCUUGCAAUACAGCUUUCCCAACUGACCACAUCUCCAUCCACUGUUCCACCGAAAAUGGAAAAGACACCGAGCCCGUCCAACGAACUCAAAGCACCUCAGAAGAAACUGGCCUGCCAGAAGAAAGCAUCGCCUCAUCCAAAGACGUCAACUCGUCGGAUUCCGAACUCAGCUCCAGCGGCACCCACACACCCCAGAGGCAGUCGGCGUCAGACAGUGAGACCAGCGACCAGAGCACAGGGAGUCGAAAUUUGGAGGUGGAACCCGACCUGGCUACGAACCAGUCCGAUGACUCCGGGGUGGGUGUACCAAAGUCGGAGGCUGCUAGUCAGGAAGUGUCCAAUGCCUCUGAUUCUGCAGAUAAUGCUCUGCUGGGUCCAGAGCAAGAGAAUGCAAAUGACCCAGCAUCUGAGAGUCUGCAGCAAGAGAAUGUGAGUGACCCAGCAUCCGAGAGUCCGGAGCAUGAGAAUGUGAGUGACCCAGCAUCCGAGAGUCCGGAGCAUGAGAAUGUGAGUGACCCAGCAUCUGAGAGUCCGGAGCAUGAGAAUGUGAGUGACCCAGCAUCCGAGAGUCUGGAGCAUGAGAAUGUGAGUGACCCAGCAUCCAAGAGUCCGGAGCAAGAGAAUGUGAGUGACCCAGCAUCAGAGGAGGCAAAGCCAAAACCUGCACCAGUGCCCGCCCCUCGCCUCUCUUUCCGCUGUACAGAUAGACGCGCGCUCUUACCCGCUAAGGUUGAAGAAUCGGUCCACCAGGAGACGGAUGAUGCCAGUUCACACAACCCACCAGGCUUCCUUUACAAGGGGGUGGCGGUGGAGAGCAAUGCAGCGUCCGAAGACGGCCUGCUCCAGUUUGAACAGGGAGACGUCAUCCUGGUGCUCGCUGACACUCAAGAGCAGGAAGGCCUGGUGAAGGGGAUCAGGGAGGAGAGCUGGAACCAGCACAGGGACCUAGGAAAUCACUCUGGGAUCUUCUCGGAAAAGCUCCUUCAGCCGGUACAGGCAGAGUGAGGCAAUAGUCACUCCUCAGUCUGUAACACGUUCUUCUUCCUUCAAGCAGUUGGUGAACAAACACACACACACACACACACACACACACACACACACACACACACACACACACACACACACACACACACACACACACACACACACACACACACACACACACACAGACUGAGGGAGUGAACCCAUAUGUUGUGGGGUGCAGAAGUUGCGCACAGAUGAGCACAUGUCCCACGUGGAGCCUCACACAUAAGAUUUCGAACAUUUUGCAAGAACUGUUUAUUAUUGGUAAAUAUUUCUGUAUUUUUGCUCUUAUUGCAUUUUUUUUAAAAAGUAUUUCUGUGAAACGCUGUGAAAUAAAAUACAUGUUGUUGUUUUUUAUCCUGAUGCUGUGAUCUUCUGUAACAUUUCCUAAUAAAGUUCUAUAUAUAAACGAGA